AUGAGCUCCCUCUCGGUCAGCGCUACGGAAUGGAUCCGGCUGGCCAUCGGGCUGACUAACGCCAUCAACAGACGAGUCCCCGUGAGACUUCUCAGCCCAAGUGCAGAGACUGUGGAGUCUCCCACUCCCAGCCCAGUGGCAGAGGGGCAGUGCCAUGAGGAGGCGGGUCCCAAGGCAGCGGAGACCUUUGAAGGGAGCGGAGACGUAAGGUCAGAAGGAAGGAGAACAAGUCACCUCUUCUCAGGCCACAAGCGACACUCCUUCUCGGGGGAGUACGGCUCCGGCUCGGGGACCCCGUUCUCCUACUCGGGGCUGCACCGACGGGGCGUCAUCACAGCCCUGCUGCUCUGGGAGUACUCCUGCAGCUACAUCGCCGGCAUCCAGCUCCAGUUUGCCUACACCUGGGGCCAGGUUUUCGGGGGCGAGCGGGGGACGAAGCACGAGGUGAGCCUGCUGCGGGGCGAGCGGAUCACGCAGGUCUCCGGCAAACACUCCACCUACAUCUACCAGCUCAUCGUCUCCACCAACAAGGGCCGCAUCUUCUUCUUCGGCCAGCCCUACGGGGUCAGCUUCAACGCCAUCCCCGAGGAGCCCGUCGAGUUCCUGGACUUCAUCACCGGGCACCACAACGGAGCGGCCCUCACGGGCUCGCAGCCUGCCUCGGGCCCUGGCAGCCGGGAGCCGGUCCUGAGCCCCACGGAAGAAGGCUGGCCCAAGAGAAAUGCCAUCCACGUGCGUGCCGGCGAAUCCGGGGAGCUGAGCUCAGGCCUGAGGAUCCGGCGAGGCGUGUGCGUUGUGGGCUCCGAAACGUGUCGGGAGUCGCUGACGCCGGGUGGCCCCGGAGGUCCAGACCCGCUGCAGGUUCCUUAG